GUCGAGCGGGUGUUUUAUCUGUGAGCCGCGCGCCGUCCAUUUUGAAAGAAUUCGAUUUUGACGUUUAUUCCAACUUGUCAACAUGAACACGUUGUAGCGAUUACCCCUAAUUAUUAAGUUUGUUACUAAUAUAAAAUGUCUAUGUUGGCUGAGCCUCGUCGAAAACAAAAGGUGAUAAAUUUACGUGCUAAAAACAAUGCCUGGAGCAAUGACAGUACCAAGUUUGGACAAAGAAUGUUGGAGAAAAUGGGAUGGAGUUCUGGCAAGGGAUUGGGUGCGAAAGAAAAUGGUAUUGUUGAGCAUGUAGUGGCUAGAUACAAAAACGAUGAAAAAGGAUUGGGUUUUGAGGACAGGAACGACCAGUGGACGAAGAAUGAGGAUGAUUUUAACACGUUGCUUGCGAAUCUUUCCAACGCUGAAAAUGUUACUGAAACUUUACACAGUGGCAUUUCAUUGGAAAAGAAGUCUAAGAAAAGCAAGGCCCGCAUUCACUAUCACAAGUUCACAAGAGGCAAAGACUUGUCACGUUACAGUGAAAAGGACCUAGCCAAUAUAUUUGGUAAGAAAAGUUUCAAAGAACCAGCAGUUGAAGAUCUUAAAGAAGAUAUUAUUAAAACUACAGAGCAGAUAUUCACAGAGAAAGGAAAUAUGGAAGAUUAUUUUAAAUCAAAGUUAGCUGCUAUUAAAUCUAAAUCUCUCAAUACUAAUACAGAGACCAAUGAUGAGUCGGAUUAUGUUUUUAAAGGCUUUUCAAAUGCCACUGAGAAGCAACCAGAAAAUGAGAAAAAUGGAUUUGGGUUCCAAACAUUUUCUUUUUACAGUUCACUGAAAAAUGAUGAUAGCCCAAAUAUUGAGAUGGUUUGCCCAGAUUUAGAAACUAAAACUAAAAAGAAGAAAAAAUCUAAACGGAAGGAAAUAUCAACUGGAGUUGGAGAAGAAUCAGAUGUAGUUAUACCAGAAAGCUCACAAGAAGUGCAUGUAAUAAAUAUAGAAAUGGCUAAAGUAAAAAAAUCUAAAAAGAAAAAUCAUCAAAAAUGUAUUGAUGUUAUUCAAUCAUUGGAUAAGAUGAAAGAAUGUGAUUCUUUAGAAUGCACAGAAAUAACUCCACAAGAGAUCAUAACAGACCCAGAAGCAAGUAAAAUAAAAAAAUUAAAGAAAAAAAAGCAUCAAGAAUGUGAUAAAGCUGAAUUUCAACCAUGUGUAGAAAAAAGAAAAAUAAAGAAAGAAAACUUAAGUAAGAAUCAUGCUGAAACUAUUCAGGAGAAUAUUAUAUCUAUAGAAAAUAGUAUUCCUUGCAAGAAAAAGAAAAAAAAACAUCAAGAUUUAUGAUAGUAAAUUAAUUGAAAUUCUUA